CCAUGCUUUCAUACGCGUGACUAGUGUAGACCUAUAAUUAAAUGUCAGUUCAGACAGUUGUUUAGAAAAAAGCUGCACGUGAGCCAAAGCGUGUACGGUAAUAAAUGCUUAAGAAGUGAACUGAUUUGUUUAGAAUUGUCAUUUCAAUAUUGGGACUGCAAUGAUAACAUAGUGAAAAUUGGAAAUUGUAUUCAAUAUGAAUUCUGAAAUAACAGUGAUGGAAUUCGAGGAUAAUUCAGUGAAACUGCCAGAGAGGCCGACCACAGCACCCCAGAUACUGGUACCGGACGAGCGAUCACUCAACUUUUCCACUUCACCUGGAGAUGAGUUUGAUCUUGCAUUUGUGAAGAAACCAAAAACUAUCAGGGACCCCAUGUCACACAGAAUAAUAGAAAAAAGGCGUAGAGACCGGAUGAACAACUGUUUGGCAGAUUUAAGUAGACUGAUACCUACAAACUACUUAAAACAGGGUCAAGGUCGGAUCGAGAAAACAGAGAUUAUUGAGAUGGCCAUAAGGCACAUCAAAAAUCUGACAAACAUUGCCAAUAAACAGGGAGGGUUAAAAUCAAGCCUACCUGACCGCUUUUUGGGGUUCAAAGAAUGCCAGGAUGAGGUGAUGAGGUUCUUAGUUGAAGUGGAGGGCUGGGACGCCCACGAUCAACUCUGCAGCAGGAUGAUGUCACACCUAGAACAAGCGGGCGAGAAAUUUCGGAUAAUGAAUGAUGAGUCAUUGAGUCAGGCAGCGAAAGAGGAGCAGUAUCGACAUGUUGAGGAAGAUAUCCACUCGGUGCACAGUGCUCAACCCAUUGUUCUUGAACCUGGAGGUACAAGCCCGCCAGUGCAGCAUUAUCCAAAUCUGCCACAAAAUCCUGCCCAGAUUAAUACACUGCAACAACCUGCACCUCAAAGUGAAAAUACAGGUUCCCAGAGCUCGUUCCCGAGUUUCGAAUCUUUUGCCAGUGCACAACAAAUUACACAGGAACAUUUGAAAAGAGAUAAGCACCUCUGGACAUUACUUGCGAGCAAAUACAACUCCAAAAAUGUUGAAGAUUCAGGUCUUUCUACUGGCCCAGGUUCAAAUGUCUCAAAUGUGACUGACUCAAGUAUGAAAUACUCUGUCCAAGGAAGUGGCUUAUAUAAAAUCCCACUAGAGCCAGUUUCUACGCUGAAUAAUUCUACUAGUCAAACAAGUAUGGACACAGGGUCUGAUAGAAAUGACAGUAGUGUAUAUAAGUUCAAGCAUAAUAUCACAAAGAGGUUUUCUGAGGAAACCACUCCGAAGAUAAUAAGUCCAAGUGAUUCAUCAUCCAUAAGCUCCAGAGAAAAUCAAAAGAGAUGCGAGAAGAUGAAGCGUAAGUUCCGCCAUGUUCGCUCAAGGUGUCCAAGCAGCAUCUCGUCUCAGUACCCAAAUUCAGACAGUUCCAAUAAUAACAGCUCUAAUGGAGAAUCAAGUGGUACAGGGGACGAGAUGAAACCCUCUUUGUACUUACCAGGAUUUGUAUUACAUCCGGCGGGAACACAUUACAUACCAUUGUCAAUCCAUCCAUCAAAUGUUGGAUAUGACUUUUUUGCAAAAGCAACGCAAGAAGGGCCUAGGGUGUUUCAUCCAAUCAGCAUUCCGGUGAACUUCAGUGGACCAUUGAUAUACAUGAAAAGCAUAGGAACUGAUAUUAAGGGAAAUGAAUCAGGGGUGCAGAGUUUGUCUUCAGAAGGUAGCGAUAGUAGAUGUCCAUCUGGUUGUCCGUCAGAGAACAGUCCGAACCCAGAGCCAGAAACAGUGAAAAGUAGUACAUAAGAUAACAUAGCUAUGUAAAGACUAAAAAUGCUUUAUAGAAUGUGUAGUACCAGUAUAUAAUAGUGUGUUAUUCAAAGAACAAAGUAUUUGUAAUAGCUCAAUAUAUUCUAUUUAAUAGAUGUUUUGAUAUGAAUUAAUAUUCAUCACAUAUGUUACAUACUAUUUCAUUACAUACCAUAAAUACAUUUUCAUCACAUAUGUUACAUACUAUUUCAUCACAUACUGUAAAUACAUUUUCAUCAUAUAUAAUAAAUAUAUUACACAUAUAUUCUUGUAUGUCAUCACAUGGAUACGUAUAUAUUCAUCAUGCAUGUUACAUACAUGUUCAUGCAGAUAUUAGCUGUAUGUUUAAAGAUAUCCAAUGCACAUUUUUUUUAUUUAAAUAGUUUUGUUUUUAGAUACUAAGUUUAAAUGUACAAUGUCGGCUUCAAAUGAAUUUAACUUUACUAAAUAUAUAGACUGUUUGUAGAGCUAAAUUCACAGUUAAAUGUGUAACAGUCAUUUGUUAAAAAAACUUCCAGUUUUUUGUUCAUGUACACACUAUACUAUGCUUGGUUAUACAGGUGCUAGGUGUGUACCAUUUUAAAUAUAACUUACAGUAUUGUUUAAUACACAAACGUGUUAAUUUUAUGUUACAUAGAUACCAUGAAGUAAUUGUUCAUAUUUUCAAAAUAUUAAUUUGGGUCUAAUAUUUGUUUAACACAUGGAGGUAGUUGUGAUUUUACCUUGAUAUGGUGCUAAUAUAUAUUUGUACACCAUAGCAUUUCAUUAGAUAGUGUUGUUUUGAAAACAAAAGGUGCUCCAUGUGGUUCUGGGGCUAUUCUGUGUAUGAAAAGAAUUGGAACCACUGUCAUAUACUUUUAUUAACGUAAAACGCAACUAAUAAGGUUUGAACACUUGGUUCUGCUGUAACUCUGUGAUUCCACCAGGUAGUUUUGAUUCCAUACCUCAUAUUUUUAUUUUGAUGUAAAUGAGAUGUGACUCCAAAAUAUUUUGUCCUGUUUGGCACCAUAUAACCUGUACUGUGUUAGUGCGUCGUAAAAACCCAUCUGGAAAAAAAGGCAAAAUUUAUUAACAGAUAUAGAACAUUGACUUUAUUUUGAAAUGUCACUAUUAUUGGAAAACAGGGUUCCCACGCUAUCCGGGAAAAGAGGAAAAGUCCAUGAAUUUCAAAAAUUGACUCCCGGCCGUGAAAAUACUGGGAAUUUGGCGAGAGUACGUGAAAAUGCCGGGAAUUAUCCAGUUUCGCUAAGGGAAGUAAUUCAUGAUUCAAAAUGGCGGACAUGGAUUUCCUUUUUCGGAAAUACUGAUGUUUUUGUGGUUGGUCAACCUAUAUAGGUAGCUAUGCUUGAAUAUUUAAACAGUAAUUCUAGGCAUUCAGUCAUUUUUGUGUCGAUUUUUAAGAAGCCCUGUGAAAUUCCGAUUUUUUUUGAGAAUAAUUGUGAAAAUCGUGAUUUAUAGUUCAGUGAUCAAACAUCAACUUGACUGAAAAUAAUUUAAUUGCUAGAAUUGUAUCAAAGAUAUAUAAAUCAUGUAGAUGGCACCAGAGCUGUAGUUAUUAUGAAGGAGUUGAUUAAGUCUUCACAACAUGCUAGACAAGAAAUAAUUCAUAGUUUCCUUGAGAAACAAAAGCUUGAGGACAGUAAGGAAACAAAAUGAAAAAAAGAAAAUUUGCAGAGCCUGUAUUUAUUAAGUAGAAACUUUUAAGCAAUAUCGGGCCAUCAUGGCCCUCUUGUUCUUAUAUUUUCACACUGAAUCAAGAAACAUUGACGGGAACGUACAACCCUAUAUGUCGUACGUCCUUGAAAAUCGCAACAAGGUCCUGGAAAAGUCCUUAAAUUUCAUAGAGGUAAAAGUGUGGGAACCCUGGGAAAAACUAUUUUCUGUUUCUGUUGUGCUACGUUGUUUGUGUUUGAAGAAUAAUAAUUUGUAUAAGUUGUUAAAAUAUUUUUGAAAGGAUUAGUACCUCAUUGUUUUUGCCCUUAACUGUACUUAAUAUUUGACUAGGGGUUAAAAUUAUGUUAGCAUUACCUGAAUGGCAGUUUAAAGAAUGCUUACAAGGACAAAGUUGUUACAUUGUUUAAGAUAGUUCUGCAUGUUGGAAACAUUAGAAAUGAUGGCUUAACCUCAUUUAUCCAUAAUUGUAGAAUACCUCCUGGACAUGGCAUAUGGAAACAAAAGUCAUUAUAUGAGUUAAUGGCAACCUGUGAGUAAAUUUAUGAAAAUGGCAAUCUUUGCUAUCAUUCUAAAGACAAAAUAUGAUAUUAAAAUCUUAAACACGUUAAAUUAUUACAGAUAAUACCUUAAAAUCAAGCAGGAACUGCGCAAGUCACUUUGUGGGAAAAUAUCUCAAAAAAACAAGCACAUGGACCUAUACAUUUUAUUUCACCAUAUUAUAGACCAUAUAUUUAUAUACGACUGAGAAGUUUCAUUAAAAUCUACAUGGUAGAAAAUUUUCUGUUUGCGAAAAAUAAAUUUUCAUGAAAACUUAUGUGACAUCCUAUUUUUUCAAAUCUGUCUACCAAAAAAUCAAGCACAUACGACCCUAUGUUUUAAGUAUAUUCUAGUGUUUAAUCAAAUUCUACAUUGUUGAAGGAAACUACCUUAAUUAGCCCAUCUUCAGCACUUACUGCGAAAUCUUUUUAUUUCAUUGGCAGGAUAUUUUGUGUGUUUGACCUAAAUGGGUAAUUAGUGGGGAUAUGAAUACCUGGAUUUCAAUUUUGGAAGAUAUAAUGAGUAGGAGUUUUACUUGCUUUGGGACAUAAUUUUUAGGACAUACUCUACACAAACUAUGAAAAUUGGUCCUCCGUGAAAAUUAGUCCUCAGUGAAAACUAGUUCUCCAUGAAAAUUAGUCCUCCGUGAAAAUAAGUUCUCCAUGAAAAUUAUAGUAAUAUAUAGUAAUGAAAUUUUCUCUUGUUCAGUCAGAGGUGUUUGCCUGAUUAUUUAUUUAAGGGUAUCUCUUCAUAGUUGGAAACUAGGUGUUUUUAAUUUGAAACCAGUUGCAUUUGAAGUGUUAAGAGGAAAUGAAUAAUUUAGUGUUUAUAUCCAGUGUGUGAAAUUAAAUUAGAUAAAACAUUACUAACGCAGAAAGAGAUUAUAGUUUAUCAUUUUAUAUUUACUACUUAGCCAAAUCGGACUUUGACACAUAUCGUGUACUCUAGAAAUGAGUAUACACACUAUUAAAGCUAAAAGAUAGGUACACUAUUCAAUUCUGAAAUCCAUUUGUUUCAGUUUUCCUGUAGAAUGAGUUUAAUGAUGCAUGCUUAAAAAAAUCCAAUGUUUCAUCAUUUGUAACAAUUUUACAACAUGUCAUGCCUAAUCAUGGUGGUAUUAAGUGCAGAGUAUACAAAAAGGUAGGACAAAAUAGUACACAAGAAAUAGCAUCAUUUUUCAUUUGUUUUUGUUUUGUAAUUUUUGGAAAAUUUGGUAAUGAUUAUGUUUUUAGCUAACCUUAAUUUGUUCAGGGUGAGCUGUCGGUAUAGGUGGAUGGUCAGUUGCGCUUUGUCAACAUUUUUAAUUAAACAUCCUUUCUUCUGAAACUACUAGUACAAUUCAGAUUUACACAGAACAUAGUCUGUAGUUUGCAGCCAUGGAUUGCUCUAAGGUUUGUUCAAAUGAUACUUCUUAAGAUACCGCCAGAGUUUAGAAAUGAAGAAAUUCAAAGUCUUGAAGCAGUUUCUUAUGAACCAAUUAAGAGACUAAACUUGAUAUGUAACACCUUUGGUUGGACCUUGAUCAAGUGUGAUCAAUUGGUUAUGCAUUUAUGCAUCAAUUGGUUAUGCAUUUUUGGGUAGUCACAGAACAUAGAAAAUACUUUGAAUAACUUUGAAUGAACUGGUUUCUGUUUGUUCUCCAAACUUGAUCAGAAGAAAACUCAAAUGGUCAAGGUCCUCUUCAGUUGAGCAACUAAGGUCCAUCUGGGCCACUUGUAAUUGGUUGAUUUAUUGCCUGUAACAUUUAGGAUUUAAUUGUGGUUAUAACAGUAACUUUAAUAACCUCAGUAUUUUGAAAUAUUGAGGAAUGACUGUAUUGUGAAAUCUAGAUUGUAACAGAGAAUUUACUGCUUUUCCCGUAGCCGAGAAUUUACCGUUUUUCCCAUAGCGGGGAAUUUACCGCUUUUCCCAGAGCAGAGAAUUUACCGCUUUUCCCAUAGCGGGGAAUUGACUGCUUUUCCCAGAGCAGAGAAUUUACCGCUUUUCCCAGAGAAGAGAAUUUACCGCUUUUCCCGUAGCAGAGAAUUUACCGCUUUUCCAAGGUUAGGAUAUUCUAAAUCAUGAUAAAGCUAAACUGAGUUACAGUUAUGUUAUAUAUAGUUGUUAUUGCCAAUAGGUUAUACAGUUUUGUGAUAUUAUUAUGUUUGUUUGCAUUAUUGUUGUUAUUGUUGCUGUUGUUAAAUGAAUAAAAAAAACUAUAAAAAACAAAAAACUUGUAAAUUUAUUUGAGAUUGAGAGUGAUAGUGUGACUGAAGUUAUUCUGGAACUUAAUGAUUGAAGACUUCAUUAAAGUAUUACUCAAACAAAAUAUAUAUCUACCUUAUUGAAAAGAAAUGAAUGUGAUAAUGGUAUAUAUAUUUAUUAAUGUGUUGUAAAGUAUUGUUUGCCAGAUAAAUUAGCAAAACAGUGGAUAUAUAAACAUGGCGCAUUUAAGUUGUUUUUAUGGUAUACAGUUGAACUUCAUUCACUCAAAAUCAACGGGACCAGACCGGGGCCAGUAAAAUUUGUUCAAUUAUAUGGAUUUUUCCAGGACCCGACAGCGAGUUCGAACAAAGGGAGUGUUCAAGUUAUCAAAGUUGGGGUGAAUGAAAUUCAAGUUGAAGUGAAUGAAAUUCAACUGUAUAUCAUUAAAAAGAUUUAACUGUUAUUUCUGUCAUUCUAAAGUGACUGGGAUUAAGAGAAUAGUAGUAAAAAGAAUUUUAGUGGUUUUUAAGUUAGGUAAUGUGAAUGUUUUAAAGGAUUUUUAACUUUUAGAUGUAGUAGUUUGAAUGUUUUAGAAAUGUACAAAAUACUAAGGAGGUGUAAGUUUUUAUACUGUUAAAGAUUUGUGAUAAGAUUUUUUUUUGAAGUUUUAAGACAAGUUUUGUUAUUGACAGGGAGCUAUUAAAGGUCCAAUACUAAGGAAAGUAAACAUUUUAUUUCUUUUUAAAAAGCACAGAAACUAAUUCAUUUUAUUGGAAAAUGAAAGUUGGUAUGUAGAAAUUCGAAAUAAAUCGCAGUAUAUGUACAAUUAUUUUUCUAUGAAGUAUGAAGAAAGUUAAAAAGACCUGGGGGGGUCAUUCUGUCGAUUCAUUGAAAUUUCAACAUAAUACACAUACAUUUCUUUGACUUCCAAAGACCUUCUGUAAAUUUUGACCUGCCAUUCUUCAUUAUUUAGUGUCUUGCAGAAGUCUAUGCACUGGCAAUGAAAAAAAUUGCCAACUCACUUUCCCUGAGUAAUGGACCUUUAAGUACUACUCUUUGCAGCUGAAAACAACUUGGUAAGCUAUUGAAAUAGCAGCUGCUUUCCAUCUUCUACAAAUAGACUGGUGGGGUUUUGAAGUAUGUAUAUGUGUUAGAUUUUAUGGCAUGUGCUAUUUUGCUGUUGAUCUAUUUGCUCAAGUAAUUAUAUAAAGGCUGUCUUUAUAUUUCAUGGAAAAAGGAAAUGCAUUGUUUUAUUAAGUGUAGAACAUACUUUACUAAGUACUUCUUUCUGUUUCCAGUUAUGUAGUAUAUUUAUGUACAUAUCCUGUUUACAAAAUUGUGAAAUGACAAACACUUACCAAAGAAUGCCAACUUUUGAAGUAGAAUGGAAACUCUAUAUCUCAAACUUGCUAAUCUUAAAAUUAUGUUUUUUUAAAGACAUUAUCAAACCCAGUCCUGUAACAUGUGCACAAAUUAUCAUGCACAAAAUAUCAUUCUUGGUUAUCAUAAGGUAAAACGCUUAAUCCUUUUGAAUUCGGUAUACCAAGUUUUAACUGUAUUUUGUCUAGAAAAAAAGUUUAGCUUUAAGCAUUUCAUCUGUUAAGGCAUUCUUAAAUUUAAAACAACAUUUCAAAUGAAUAUGUUUUUGCAUAUAUUAAUUGUGAUGUCAUCUUGAUUAACUGCACAUAAUAACAUGAUAUAUUCCCAAUGUUACACAUAGAUCAAAAUGACUUGGAGCAAAAUGUUGUUUAAAUAAGUGCGAAAGAAAUUUUGAACAAGAAAUCUUUAUCGAAAUCCUCUUAGAUUUCAUAUCAACCACAACACAAGAAAAGGGACUAUUUUUUUGCCCCCCGAAGGGAGGCAUAUAGUUUUUGAACAAUCUGUUAGUCUGUCGGUCUGUCCGCAAUUUUCGUGUCCGGUCCAUAUCUUUGUCAUCCAUGGAUGGAUUUUCAAAUAACUUGGCGUGAAUGUGUACCUCAGUAAGACGACGUGUCGCGCGCAAGACCCAGGUCCGUAGCUCAAAGGUCAAGGUCACACUUAGACGUUAAAUGUCAUUUUUCAUGAUCAUGAUCAACAAUUAGGUAAAAUUUGCCGUCUUAUCGGUAAAAUUAUCCCCCUUGAAAUCACCUGGCAGUGCGAUAUCGAUUUUUAUCUGAUUGAUAUUUUCCAACAGAAACAAAGAAGGAAAAAAAGUUUAAACAAAUAUUGUUUUAAUUAGAAUGAACACACAAUAUUUAUUAUCCUAUUGAAGUGUUCGUCAUUCUUUUCUCUUUACAAAGAUAUAAAAAAUUAUUUAUCUAAAAUGAAGAAUUAAUGCUUCCCUUGGCGAUUAAAAAACAUCACUAUCAGUCUCUGUUUACGGCAUAUAGUUACUGAAUAAAAUAAGCAAAAACCCGUGAUACGUAUCUUAUUCUUUUCCCUGUAGCCACUUUAUUCAUAUAUUGAGAAUAUUUAUUAUCCUAUUGAAGUAUUCUACAGACAAUAAACUUUUUAUAUAUUUUUUUAUUUUGAAAUUAUUUUAUUGUCUUUUUGCUUCCCUAGACGUUUAAAAGUUGGUUAUUUUUGUAUUAUUUCUUUAUUUGCCGUGUUCGUGGUAUUUCCGGAUGCGUGCGGAAACGCAGGAACCCGCUCGAAGUUUAGCUGCCGAUGAUACAGAAAAUAUUAUUGUUACAACAUAGUAUUAAGUGAUAAUAAUAGUGCGGGAAUAAUUUCAGUUAUAUUAAGGUGAACCAUAGUUUUUGGGAAUUACAAGCUUACCGCAAAAUAAAUGUUACAGAGAAAGAUGCUGACGUAUCAUGUUAAUAAAUAAAAAAAAAAUAAGACAUGAUGCACGUUGCAACUAUAUAUAUUUCUUUCUAAACCACUGUCUCGUAUUUUAAAGAUUCGUUUAAUUAUACUUAUAUAUACCCCUUAGUUUAAGUUUUAACCAUAAAUAUGCUAUAAAGAAUUUAUAUAAUGCAACAUUUGAGUAAAUUGUUUUCGGAGCCCCUGAAACAGCCAUAUUAAAGCGCUUUUCGAUAGUUGUUUAAUACCAAUUAACAGCUUUUUGCAAGUUUAUUGCUUAUCAACACCUUUUUAUUAGGGGAUUAGGGACGAUCAGGUCUUUUUAUUACACAGAUAAUAAUCUUCUCGGUGACUGCGUAAGAGCAUUUUGAAAAUUGUAACAUGUUUAAUGAACGAGACUUAAAUACACAAUAAAUAUAUUGUUUCAUUUUCAUGUACAAAUGUUGUUAGAUACAUAAGAUAAUGGGACAGUGAUUGAGUAUUUACUUGUAUUUGAUUAACAGUAUUUUUUUCCUGAAUACAGGUUAAUUGUUCGAUAUUAAAGUAUAGAUAUAUAGAACACGUGGUAAAUGUUCGCCUAAGAGUGAAAAUAUUAUAGUAUAGAAGUUUUUUGACAACAUUGUGAAAAAUUGUCGUUUAUUAAUUUAUUAGUUUAUUCAAAGAAGUAUAUUUGUGAUCGGCACCUCCCGUGAUACGAUAAGCGGAGAUAGCCGAACCAUAACGAUCUAAAAAAUAUCUGGUAGUGAUCGAUAUUUAGCUAGACGGUCGAAGGGAGACAACAAGGUAUAGCGAUGAUCUCAAUAAACAAGGAAAGAUAAUAGAAUCGAUUUUUGCCCAAUUCUUCAGUAUGAGUGCAUUCGUGUCCGGUCCAUAUCUUUGUCAUCCAUGGAUCGAUUUUCAAAUAACUUUGCAUGAAUGUGUACCACAGUAAGAUGACGUGUCACGCGCAAGACCCAGGUCCGUAGCUCAAAGGUCAAGGUCACACUUAGACGUUAAAGGUCAUAUUUCAUGAUAGAGCAUUGAUGGGUGUGUCCGGUCCAUAUCUUUGUCAUUCAUGCAUGGAUUUUAAAAUUAUUGGGCAUGAAUGUGUACAACAGUAAGACGACAUGUCGCGCGCAAGACCCAGGUCCGUAGGUCAAAGGUCCUAAACUCUAACAUCGGCCAUAACUAUUCAUUCAAAGUGCCAUCGGGUGCAUGUGUCAUCCUAUGGAGACAGCUCUUGUUUAUUUGCUGUGUUUGCUUUAAUCAUUGUGCCAUAAAGUGAUAAGUUUAAAUUUAGUAUUGAUUCUGUUAUUUCAGAAAGAUGUCACCUUACGAUUUUUGUCAUUUCUAUAAAAAAAAGUCAUAGAAGUAUGAAAUCCACCAAGAUUAUCAUCUUCUCCAUAGUUAUGAUUAAUGGUAAUUAAUUUCAGUAUAAUGGCAUGCUCUCUGUUUGAAGUAUUUUUAAACCUUCAUUCAUUUUGUUGUACGUAAGUUAGCUAACGGGAUUUUAUUGACCGUUACGUUUGUUUACAGAAAGAAACUUUCUGCCAUAACAAGAAUAUUUACAUUGUUGCAUCAAUAAUAUUGUUAAUUUACAUCAUAGCUGUUAUGAAUAAAAUAUAUUUUGUUGACAAAGUGUA